UGCGCGUAGUGAGUAGUAAAUGACUGAGCAACUACCUGGUGGAUGCUGGCAACCUGGCACCGACGAGUCAAAUGCGGCGGCCGCAGCGUCGGAAGCCCCAGUCUGUGUGGAGCUGUCGUCCUGUCGUGUAAUCGCUCCUCACUCGCGGAAACCAUGACUGAAGAGAAACGAGAUUACCAGGAGGUGCCGACGAAGGAGGGCGAUGAAGUCAAGGCGGAGGGGGAGGUUGUGGGGCUGAAGCCGAAGAUGACGCUGUUCAACGGCAUCACCGUCAUCGUAGGCUCCAUCAUCGGCUCCGGCAUUUUCAUCUCCCCCUCGGUGGUGCUGCAGAACACCGGCAGCGUGGGCAUGUCUCUCGUGGUGUGGAUCAUCAGCGGCCUGUUCUCCAUGGUGGGCGCCUACUGCUAUGCCGAGCUGGGCUGCAUGAUCCAGAAGACAGGCGCCGACUACGCCUACAUCAUGGUAACGUUCGGACCACUGCUAGCGUUCAUGAGGCUGUGGGUGGAGUGCAUCAUCGUGCGGCCGUGCUCGCAGACCAUCGUGGCGCUCACCUUCAGCAUAUACAUCAUGAAGCCCUUCUUCCCCGACUGCGAAACGCCCGACAGUGCAGAGCGACUCCUUGCUGCUGUCUGCAUCCUGGUGUUGACCUUCGUGAACUGCUGGAACGUGAAGUGGGCCACCCGCGUGCAGGACAUCUUCACGGGCGCCAAGCUCUUUGCCCUCGCCGUCAUCAUCAUCACCGGAUUUGUGCAGCUGGGUCGUGGACAGACCCAGUACUUCACCUUCGACAACACAGAGCCGGACUUCACCAAGGUAGCGCUCUCCUUCUACUCGGGAUUAUUCGCCUACAACGGAUGGAACUACUUAAACUUCGUCAUUGAGGAGCUGAAGGAACCUGUCAAAAACCUGCCAAAGGCCAUCUACAUCUCCAUCUCGCUGGUGACCAUUGUGUACGUGCUCGCCAAUGUUGCCUUCUACACCACCCUGUCCCCCUACGAGGUGCUCGGCUCAGAGGCUGUGGCUGUGACAUUUGCAAGUAGAUUGUACGGUAGCAUGGCUUGGAUCAUGCCCUUUUUCGUCGCCUGCUCCACCUUCGGAGCUGUCAACGGUGUUCUCCUGACUUCAUCCAGGCUCUUCUAUGCUGGUGCCAUGGAGGGCCAAAUGCCAGAAAUCUUGACCAUGAUCCAGGUGAAGCGCAUGACUCCGGCCCCAGCAGUGCUCUUCAUGUCCUUCCUCAGCCUUAUCUAUUUGGGCUCUAGCAACAUCUCAGCACUCAUCUCCUAUGUCGGCUUUGCCACUUGGUUGUCCAUUGGUAUUGCUGUACUGUGUGUGCCAUGGCUCCGCUGGAAAGCUCCUGAACUGGCCAGACCCAUUAAAGUGCACCUCAUCUGGCCCAUCCUCUACAUCAUUGCCACCAUCUUCAUCACCGUUGUGCCCAUGUAUGCUGCUCCCAUUGAAACAGGUAUUGGUGUGGGCAUCAUCUCCACUGGCAUCCCUGUGUAUCUACUCUUCAUCAAGCUCAGAAAACCACAUUGGGUCAAGGAGAUCCUCAGAAAAAUGACAACACAGCUCCAGAAGUCUAUGAUGGUUGUCCGUCCACAAACUUAAUAGGCAAGAACAACCUAAUCCUGCAGAAGCUCAUGAUGGUGUGCCAACCAGAGAAAGCUGCCAAACUGUAAAGUGAGGCUCCUUUGGGAAGACAAUAAGCAAGUAUGGAUCACUCUACUCCACUGUUGAAACCUUCAGCAGGAAUAAAGAGAAGCCAGGAUCGUUCCACAUGUGCUGCAUUUGCCUCAUAUGUAAAACCUACACUAAGACAUUUUUUUCUUUUCUUCAAACAUGACAAUGAGAUGAUACAGUGAGAACAGUAAUGUUAAAAUAAAAUCAUUAUUCCUCUCUAGAAACUUUAAUAGUAGUUAUUCACUCUUGACAGUGACACUAUGAGCCCUGACAGUGGUGCCUAUCAUGAUAACCUGAGUGGUGGGAGCUCUUCAUUUAGUGAUGCUUGUGAUGAACAGUCCUGCUUGGUUGUUGAUUGAGGCUUGUCAAAGAAAGCCAGUGUUUCCAUGUUCUUUAAUGGUUAGUAUUCAGACUGGCUCAUCUUGACAGAGGCUUCUAAAUGGCUACUUAGAUGGAUGAAGACAGCUUGUAUAAGCUAGUUGUGUUGAAAUUUUGCUGUUCUCAUUGGUGGCAUGUCUAAAUCCUUUGUGCCUCAGGCUAGAGUAUAAAGUGAAAGCAUUUAAUGCUCUUGUAUUGCAAAAGAUAGUAAAAAGUUCUUGUUCAUGGUAGUACUGAACUACAAAGACAAGUUUUGUUUGAGUAUGGAAUUAUUUUAGAUGCAAUGUGGAGUUACUGUGAUAUUUGCUCUUUUGUGUUCACUUGUGUGGAAUGGGCAGCCUUAUUUCUAUUGAAAGUCUCUUUUAUUCUGUCUUCUAGGAUUUCUAUUUAUGUUUCAAUUUAGCACUAGUUAUAUAUAUAUAUAUAUAUAUAUAUAUAUAUAUAUAUAUAUAUAUAUAUAUAUAUAUAUAUAUAUAUAUAUAUAUAUAUAUAUAUAUAUAUAUAUAUUCUUAAAGCUGACAAUGAACUUUUUGUGCUAGAAUUUUAGGAUGCACAGCUCAUGCAAAUUCUACUUAGAGGACAGUUUGUAUUGACUGACAGGAGCUUACAACAUCACAGUGACAUACAAACUGUAUGACUGUCUGAUUUUUUUCUUCAAUCUUCAUCUAUUCUAAGAAUUCAGUUUUGUUUUAUUGUUUUUUUUCUAAUGGUUUAUGGUCCUAAAUAUAAUUAUAUAUUUGUUCCACAUAUUUGCAAUGCAUCAAGUUCAUGGAAAACUCAAUCAUAUAGAUCUGAAACUAUCAAGCAUCAUGAAUAAACUACAUUGUGGAAAUUUUCAUACAUUAUGAAAAUAUGAAACUGUAUGCCUUCACAAGACCAGUAGGGUGAGGUUAUUGGUAGAUGAUAAUUUUUGAGUUUUAAUGACACUUUUUUUCUUUAAUAAUGUAUUAUUUUUAUAUAUUCAAAGUGGUUGAAAGUGGUAAAAGGACUGAGAAAGGAAUUUAUAAAUUUCACUUGUUGAGGAUUCUUAUAUAUAAUAUAUGAAUGACUUCCAAAUGUUGCAAGGUAUUAUUCAUAUAAGGCAGUCACCCCUGAUUGUCUAUAGUUUUCUUUUUGUAUUUUCUAGAUUACAUUACCUUGCAGAAUGCAUAGCAUAUACACAAAAGCCCCUGCAUUCACAAACUCAGCAUUCACAAACUUGAAUUAUACAUGAGUUGGUAAAAAUAAGUAAUAUGAAGAAGGACAUGUUCCUAUUUUAAACUGUUUGCCUAUGUCAUUCUGCCUCCACUUGCCAUAUGAAAGAUGUUAUUGCAAAGAGGCAUUUCCGUGGGCAAUGGUCUUCCCUAAGGCAAGUACCAUUUUCAUCACCCUAACAGAACAAUCAAGAUACAGACAAUGAAUGCUCUCUAAGGAUACAAGUGCCAAAACUAAACCAGAGUUGCAAAAAAAGAUGUCUUCACUGAGGCUAUACAUAAUAUUAUCACUGACCUGUUCAGACUUAUACUUUCUCUCAUCAAGAUGCCUCUCUCUUCAUCCACACAUGCUCAAUGGCAGCUCACAAUUUAGUGGACAUCAGUAGUCCACCUGUGGCCUCAAACUUUACAUAAUGCAGAAUCCAGACUUGUGCUAAGUAUUGGGUUUGCCAUUUUAUUUAUGCACAUACAAAACAUCAUUGCUUAUAUAUAUAUAUAUAUAUAUAUAUAUAUAUAUAUAUAUAUAUAUAUAUAUAUAUAUAUAUAUAUAUAUAUAUAUAUAUAUAUAUAUAUAUAUAUAUAUAUAUAUAUAUAUAUAUAUAUAUAUAUAUAUAUAUAUAUAUAUAUGCAAUUUUAUUAUUCCAUUUGCUGAUAUAUGUGCAUAAACAAACAUUUUGACAAAUCAUUACUUUAGAGAUGCUCAUUGAUGGAACUUAGUUUUCAUCAGUAAAAACAGACAAUCUUAAGAUGAGCCAUUAUUUUCUAAAAUUAUGUAAGGGAUUAAAUAUUAAACAAGAGAUAACAAAAGACACUGACAAUAUUUUCAUAUGUAAGAAUACUGAUGGCCUAUAAGAUAAAUUACUCCUGGAAAAAUGGCAAUAAUAAUGUUGUGGUACUGAAGAAAUAUACAAAGCAGACAUAAUGACAGAAUGGCAAGGGUGUGACUUUCGAGCUGUGUUGUCUGAGCUGCCAGCUCAAGAUCCAUCAGAGAUCAUGUGAUGUUUUUUGCUAGGAUACCAUGAUUUUUCAUUUGUGUCAUUGCACACAUAACUACAUCAUACUUUGUCCUAAACACUAUUAUAAAUAUUUACAUGUAUGUUAGAUAUGGUGCAAAGACUAUUCCCAAUUUUCAUUCAUUGUAAGGUGUUGUUUAACAGAACAGUCAUGAAUGCAGGGGCUAAUGUGCUGAGAGAGAGAGAUAAGAGAUGAAUUCCAACAAAUGUAAAAGAAAAUCCUAGAUCCCAGAAGAUGUAUUGCAUACCUCAGUCAUGUAUAAUAAUAAUCUCAUUUCAUAAGCACUGAGAUACAACAGUUGUGAGACCAAUACAUAAAUACUCAGUACUUGUACAUUUCCACCAUGAGUUCCUUGAUAAUCAUUGCACACGCUGUUGGGAUCGUGCACCAGCAACACAUUCAAUAUCCAGGACCCUCAAGGCAUCACCCUCUGCUAUGGGCUACUCAUUUUAUUUAUUUUUAUAUUACAAUUCAUACAUUUAUGACACAAAUCAGUAAGCAGAAAAUGGGGUCCUGAAUGUUGAAAGGUAUUGUUUGAUUGUUUAUAAAUAGUUGGGACCAUUGUUUAGACUGAAGGACAUUGGGCCUGAGUGAAUGCAUAGUUCAGUUUUGGUAUGUAUGGAAAUUCUUAAAAAAGUGAAUAGACAAUUAAAUAUAA